AUGGUCUCCUGCAUUUGUUUGGGUCCCAAAAGAUCGGGUAAAACCCAUUUACUAAAAGCUCUACAAGACACCGAACAAAUCGAUGAUAAUUCCUAUUCGACACCAACAAUUGGUACAAAUAUUUAUAAUAUUGUCUUUCCCAUUGAUACAAAUGGUGAUGAUAAUAAACCUAAACCACCACCACCGAAAACUUCGGAAGAGGGUAAUGGUGAAGCUACUAAUACGAAAAAGAAAAAAAUACCACCCUUAAAAUCUAUAAGGGUUUUGGAAAUUGGUGGAGCUAUGGCUCCUAUUUGGCGUCAAUAUUUUAAUGAUGUUAAAAAAUUGAUGUAUGUUGUGGACACUUCGAAUUUGUGUCAGAUAUCGGCAGCAGGUGUCCUCUUCUAUUCCAUAUUGGCUGAGCCUCGUCUGCAAAAGGUACGCAUAUUGUUGGUCCUCUCCAAAAUGGAUUAUGCCUAUCGUCAAAUGCGUAAUGAGGCCUUGCUGAUGUUACAAAUGUCGAAACUGCAAAAGGAAAUACGUCAAAAUAUAACAAUAAUAGAAGUUAGUCCUGUAACCCGAGUGGGCUUAGAUGGAAUUUAUAAUUGGUUGAAAAUUCCUUAA